AUGACUGGGGCGUCAGAUGGCCAGACUUGCCCUAAGGUCACAGGCUACUAUCUAGGACGGCGACCCACAGCCAAGUACUCGAUAGUGGGGGAGACUCUCCGGAGUGUCGUCCCCAGCCACCUGCAGUGCUCCAUCGGCUGUGGAGGCAAGGCUUGCAAGUAUGAGGACCCCACUCGCUGGACCGACGACCAACAGGCCAUCAAGGGAAUUUACUCAUCAUGGGUCACGGAAAAACUGCUGGCAAUGGCGAGGCCUUCAACAGAAGUGAUUGAGAAGUUUAAAGUCAUUGACCAGUUUCGCAGGUGCAACAUCAGGACGGUAAUUAACCUGCAGAAGCCUGGUGAGCAUGCCAACUGCGGAAACCCCCUGGAGCCUCUGAGCGGCUUCAGCUACUGUCCAGAGGCCUUCAUGGAGGCAGGCAUAUUCUUUUACAACUACGGCUGGAACGACUACGGCGUGGGCUCCCUGGCUGGUAUGCUGGACAUCAUGAAGGUGAUGUCGUUUGCGGUGCAGGAAGGCAAAGUGGCUGUUCACUGCCACGCCGGGUUAGGGAGGACAGGGGUGCUGCUGGCCUGUUUCCUCGUCUACUCCACCAGGAUGUCUGCAGACCAGUCCAUCCAGUGGGUGCGGGACAAGCGGCCCAACUCCAUCCAGACCCGCGGCCAGCUGCAGUGCGUCAGACAGUUCGCCCAGUUCCUGGAGCCGGUGCGGAGCGUCUUCUCCUGCGCCGCGCCGCACGUGCGGCCCUUCACCCUGGCCCAGUACCUGGUGCGGCAGAAGAACAUGCUGCACGGCUACGAGAUGCGGCAGCUGCGGCACCUGCCCAAGCUCGUGCACAUGGUGUGCAAGCUGCUGCCGGACAUCGCCGACAACCGGGAGAUCAUCGCCGAGGAGAUCCUGGACGUGCCGGAGAUGACGGAGGAGAUGGAGGACGCCAUGGUGGACGCCAUCCACUCCUUCCGCAUGAUGAGCCGGCGCUGGGAGCAGAGCAAGGGGCAGAGCGGCCUGCCGCCCAGGCUGCCGGGGCUGCCGUGGGGCGAGAGCGAGAAGAACCCCCUGCACUACUCCCGCAAGAGCCUCAGCUUCAGCGACACGGACCUGCAGAGACUGGGCAGCAAGCUGGAUCUCGUGGACAACCCUCUGACCGUUGUCGCUGGCCUGAACUGUCCGUCUCUGAUGCACGACAAACGCCGGACGGAGUCUGUUUCCGUCACUCUUCCAGGCAGCCCCACGCCCACGCAGGCGAGCCCCACGGGAUCCCAGGGCUCCGUGUGGGACAUCAAGACAGAGAUGGACAAAAGAGAAGGAUCGCCCCUGAUGAGAAGAAGGCAAGAGAACGGCCUGCAACGCAGCAAGUCUGCCAUAGACACCAGGAACGGCAUGUCUAGCGUAUGGAACUUGUCCGGGUGGAGGACGUCGCAAAGAUCAGAGGAGAUGCUUCGCAGCGAGUCAGGGAUGAUGGGCUCCGGACUCAGACUAGGGAGUGGUGGCGGGGGAGGGGAGGUGAGCACGGCCGAGUCCGAGUACUCCGAGGUGCCCUUCAUCACCCUCCAGUCUGAGCUGACACUGGAGUCCAAGCACCUGCUGCUGGCUCAGGCCCUGGCUCUGGACCUGGAGAGAGACGGACAGGAUGACCACAAGGACCGCGUCACAGCUUGGCAGGAGGAGCUGAACCGCGGUGCAGGUGUGUGGGAGCACCUGUGUCUGGAGAGAGACCCCUUCAUCCUGGCUGCUCUCAUGUGGUCCUGGCUGGAGCAGCUCAAAGAGCCUGUGCUCUCCGUACAGGACGUCCAGGCCCUGGGACAAGGCGACGCAGAGCCCAAAUCCACACUCGACAGCCUGGAUAAGGCGCCUAAAGAGACUCUGAUGUGUGUUCUGGAGUGCUUUGCCCAUGCCCUCGACAUCCCAGAGGCCGUGGACGAUGCCUUUCUAGAGCGCAUCACCAAGGCUUUCACUCAGAUAGAGAAGGACUCCAGUGAAGACGUGGGAGUUUAUCAGACGAUGCUUUCCAUUUUGAGACCUAUUCUGACGGAGAUGCGACGAGUAGUCCAACUGCAACUUGAACUGCAGUGACAGUGCAGACACUAAAGGGUUUGAAGCGCUCAGGAGACUGUGCAAACAAUAUUACUCAGGUGCUCAUCUGUACUGGGUGAAGUGUAAGUCCAAAAAAGGAAGGAAAAAGCAGAGGCACUCUGAGUGAAGGCGUUCGAUUCUCGAGCACAUCAGGGGUGCAAAUCAAACUACUACCUCUCAUCCUGUGGCGUCUGUCUUCCUCCCCCCAGUGUCACUCUGCCUCCAUGGAAAAAAACAAACUUUUCCCACCAUGAACGUUUUUUUUUUAGGUUUUUGUUUUUGGUCUUUUACGACUUAAUUGAUGAUAGGA